CAUCAAUCAUCGUUUUUUCCCACAAAUUCUUAAGACUUUUUCUCAAAUAAAAAUUUAAAACUUACUUUUUUUUUCAAGAAAAUCAUAUCAAAGAUGUCAGAUGAAGCUCGUGUUAUUUACAGACCAAAAAAUACUCGUGAAGAAUAUUUCGUUUUUGCAUAUCCUGAUGAGGUUACGAAAUGGCGAAAAGAUAAAUCAAUUCCACUUACUGAUGUGAUUCAAACGUUUGAUGUAUUUGAAUCACCAAAUGGUAGCGAAGGUAUGGCUGGUCGUGCCUCAAAACAGUCACUUGAAAAUAUUUUCAACACAUCGAAAGAUACGGAAGUUAUAAACUAUAUUCUCGAACAUGGUAUUAUUCAAAAUCAUCGUAAAGGUUCUAAAGAAUAUAAUACUACAAAUGAGUCGCGUGGUAAAGGUGCUUCGACAAAUGAAAGUGCUAUCGGAAUUCAUAAUUAAAUUAUGGAUGAAAUUCAAUCGUAAUACUUUUUGUUUGGGUUGCUGGUUGCAAAUAAUGGCUGAAACUAUAAAAUUUUUUUAUAUACCUUUUUUCUUUUAUAAAUUUACUUAACAGUAGUAGUUAUUAUGUAUGCGCAAAAAAAAUACAUUAAUUUGCAAUAUAAAUAAAUAAGAAAUACAAAUUUUGAUAGUA